AUGAAUAACAGUAGAUCAAAGUUAUUGGUGGAUAUUGCAAACUCCAGAAAUAAUGUUUUAUGCGUUUCUGAAGCACAAGAUUUAAUUAAUUAUAUUGCUGAAGAUAAUAAGGAUACACCUGUAUAUACCGAAAAAGAUGUAUCAAUGGAUCUUGAGGAUCGACAUUUGGAAGUUUCUAUCGACGAAACACAAGCUGCGGAAGCACAUAGUGAUGGAGAACAAAAUCAUAUUAUAUCAUCUGAUAUACUAUCGCAAAGUGAUUUAAAUUAUAUAAUCGAUACGGUAGGGGAAAUUUCGAAUGUUGAAAUUGAAAAUUACGAUCUCACCGCGCCCAUUUGUGAAAAUGAAACACCACAAUCAAUACCUGAAAAUUGGGGUUCAACACCAAUGCCAAGUCCAUGCAUGUCCUUUGGGGACACUGUAAGAGAAUGUAACUAUUUAAGUGAACGUACUGUUUUUCUAUCUCAUGUAACCUUAAGGUCAAGCCCAUUAGGAUCCAGUGAAAUGUCUGGUUCAUCAACACCGCACCAACGAAAAAAAGCGUCAGUAUGUGAAAAAAGCAAUAACAAGGAUCAAAAUUACUAA